CUGGCGGCCAUGGCUGGAAGCGAGCCCCGCGGAGCCGGCUCCCCGCCGCCCGCCAGCGACUGGGGCCGCUUGGAAGCCGCCAUCCUGAGCGGCUGGAGGACCUUCUGGCAGUCGGUGGGCAAGGAGCGGGCGGCGCGGACGUCCUCCCGGGAGGAGGUGGAGGAGGAGGCCAGCGCGCUGACGCGGCUGCCGGUUGAUGUUCAGCUAUAUAUUUUGUCAUUUCUUUCCCCCCAUGAUCUGUGCCAGUUGGGAAGUACAGAUCGUUACUGGAAUGAAACUGUAAGAGACCCAAUUCUCUGGAGAUAUUUUCUGUUGCGAGAUCUCCCUUCUUGGUCUUCUGUUGAUUGGAAGUCACUUCCAGAUCUAGAGAUCUUAAAAAAGCCCAUAUCUGAGGUCACUGACAGCACAUGUUUUGAUUACAUGGAGGUUUAUAAAAUGUGCUGUCCAUAUACGAGAAGAGCCUUGAAAGCCAGCCGUCCUAUGUAUGGAGCUGUUACCUCUUUUUUACACUCAUUGAUCAUUCAGAAUGAACCCCGAUUUGCUAUGUUUGGACCAGGUCUGGAAGAACUGAACACGUCUUUGGUGUUGAGUUUGAUGUCUUCUGAGGACCUUUGCCCAACUGCUGGUUUGCCUCAUAGACAGAUUGAUGGUAUUGGAUCUGGAGUCAAUUUCCAGUUGAGCAAUCAACAUAAAUUCAACAUCCUGAUAUUAUAUUCAACUACCAGAAAGGAAAGAGACAGAGCAAGGGAAGCGCACACAAGUACAGUCAACAAGAUGUUCAAUCUACAGAGUGAAGGAGAUGAGCAACAAGGAAGCCGUUACAGUGUGAUUCCACAAAUUCAGAAGGUGUGUGAAGUUGUAGAUGGGUUCAUCUAUGUGGCAAAUGCUGAAGCUCAUAAAAGACAUGAAUGGCAAGAUGAAAUUUCUCGUAUUAUGGCCAUGACAGAUCCAGCUUUUGGAUCCUCCGGAAGACCAAUGCUGGUUUUAUCUUGUAUUUCUCAAGCAGAUGUAAAAAGAAUGCCCUGUUUUUAUUUAGCUCAUGAGCUGCGUCUGAAUCUUCUAAACCACCCAUGGAUGGUCCAGGAUAUGGAGGCUGAAACUCUGACUGGUUUUUUGAAUGGCAUUGAGUGGAUUCUUGAAGAAGUAGAAUCUAAGCAUGCAAAAUGAUGUUCCUUUUGGACCUUGGGAAGCCGCAGUUCACGACUUGCGCUUCCUGUCUAUCCUGCCCCUGCCUCUAUAGAAGAUCUUUACACUGGAUAGCUAUGACAGGUGUGGUUCUGGCACUUCACCAUGAGUCAGCUGCAAGUUCCAGUCCUACUUUCCCCCAAAAUGUACUCUCAAGAUUUUUGAUAACUUUUAUAUUUUAUGUCUUUUUGAAAAUAU